CAUAGAAAUGCUGCAAAUGACUGGGGCCCCGCGUGCAUUUGCCGCCCGAGCUCUCGAAGCCCGGGUUUCCUGCACGGACUUUACGGACCAAGGCCCGGGCUAGCGCCCUCGCUGGCGGAGGCUGGGAGCAUGAGACCCGCGGGCUGGGGGCUGUGCUGGGCCAUCGCCCUGCUCCUCGCAGCGACUGGGGCGGCAGUGGAAGACACGUGUGGGAGAAACGAGUUCCAGUGCCAAGAUGGGAAGUGCAUCUCCUACAAGUGGGUUUGUGACGGGAGCGCCGAGUGCCUGGAUGCCUCCGAUGAGUCCCAGGAGACCUGCAUGUCUGUCACCUGCAAGUCUGGGGACUUCAGCUGUGGCGGCCGUGUCAACCGCUGCAUCCCUCAGCCCUGGCGAUGUGACGGCCAGGUGGACUGCGAGAACGGCUCCGACGAGCAAGGCUGUCUGCCCAGAACGUGCGCCCAGAAUGAGUUCCGCUGCCAGGAUGGGAAGUGCAUCGCCCUGGAUUUCGUCUGUGAUUCGGAUCGGGACUGUUUGGACGGGUCCGACGAGGCGUCCUGCCCCAUGCCCACCUGCGGCCCUGCCAGCUUCCAGUGCAACAACUCUGCCUGCAUCCCCGAUCUGUGGGCUUGUGACGGCGACCCCGACUGCAAGGAUGGCUCAGAUGAGUGGCCGCAGCGCUGUGGGGGCCGCAACACGUCAGCCCCCCAACGGGACAAUGGCCCUUGCUCGUCCCUCGAAUUCUACUGCCGGAGCGGCGAAUGCAUCCACUCCAGCUGGCGCUGUGACGGCGGCCCUGACUGCAAGGACAAGUCCGAUGAGGAGAACUGCACUGUGGCCACGUGCCGGCCUGAUGAGUUCCAGUGCUCGGACGGGACCUGUAUCCACGGCAGCCGGCAGUGCAACAGGGAGAAUGACUGUAAGGACAUGAGCGACGAGCUCGGCUGCAUCAACGUGACGCUGUGUGAGGGCCCCAACAAGUUCAAGUGCCACAGCGGCGAAUGCAUCACACUGGACAAAGUGUGCAACUCGAUCAGGGACUGUCGGGACUGGUCGGACGAGCCCCUCAAGGAGUGCGGGACCAACGAGUGUCUGGACAACAAGGGCGGCUGCUCCCACAUCUGCAACGACCUCAAGAUGGGCUAUGAGUGUUUGUGCCCUAAGGGCUUCCGGCUGGUGGACCAGCGAAGAUGCGAAGAUAUUGACGAGUGUCAGGAUCCCGACGUGUGCAGCCAGCUGUGCGUGAAUCUCGAGGGCAGCUACAAGUGCGACUGUGAGGAGGGCUUCCAGCUGGACCCCCACACCAAGGCCUGCAAGGCUGUGGGCAACAUCGCCUACCUCUUUUUCACCAACCGCCACGAGGUGCGGAAGAUGACCCUGGACCGCAGUGAAUACACCAGCCUCAUCCCGAACCUGAAGAACGUCGUGGCCCUAGACAUGGAGGUGGCCCGCAACAGAAUCUACUGGUCUGACCUGUCCCAGAGGAAGAUCUACAGUACCCAUAUCGACAGAGCCACCAGCUUCUCCUCCUAUGACACUGUCAUCAGCGAGGACCUCCAGGCCCCCGACGGGCUGGCAGUGGACUGGAUCCACAGCAACAUAUACUGGACAGACUCCGUCCUGGGCACUGUCUCCGUGGCGGACACCAAGGGUGUGAAGAGAAAGACGCUCUUCAAGGAGAAAGGCUCCAAGCCGCGUGCCAUCGUGGUGGACCCCGUGCAUGGCUUCAUGUACUGGACAGAUUGGGGAACCCCUGCCAAGAUCAAGAAGGGGGGUCUGAAUGGUGUUGACGUUUACUCGCUUGUCACGGAAGACAUCCAGUGGCCCAAUGGCAUCACCCUGGAUCUUUCUGGUGGCCGCCUCUACUGGGUUGACUCCAAGCUCCACUCCAUCUCCAGCAUUGACGUCAACGGCGGGAACCGGAAGAUCGUUUUGGAGGACAAGAAAAAGCUGGCGCACCCCUUCUCCUUGGCCAUCUUCGAGGAUAAAAUAUUUUGGACAGACAUCAUCAACGAAGCCAUUUUCAGUGCCAACCGUCUCACAGGCUCAGACAUUAAUUUGGUGGCAGAAAACCUGUUGUCUCCAGAGGACAUUGUCCUUUUUCACAACCUCACACAGCCAAGAGGGGUGAACUGGUGUGAGAGGACCGCCCUCCGCAAUGGUGGCUGCCAGUACCUGUGUCUCCCAGCCCCGCAGAUCAACCCCCACUCGCCCAAGUUCACCUGUGCCUGCCCUGAUGGCAUGCUGCUGGCCAAGGACAUGAGGAGCUGCCUCAUAGGGGCGGAACCUGGAACGACCACCCGGGGUACCUCCACGGUCACAGUCAGGCCGACAGUCCGCUCCACGGCCGUGGAGCCAAAGCACACAGCCAGCCCGUGGUCCGUGGCCAGCCCUGAGUUCACCACGGCAGAGACGGUGACGAUGUCCCAACACGCCCUGGGAGAUGCCGCCAGCAGAGGAGAUGAGGAGAAGCCAAGGAGCGUGGGGGCUCUGUACAUCAUCCUCCCCAUUGUCCUGCUCAUCCUGCUGUGUUUCGGGACCUUCCUCCUCUGGAAGAACUGGCGGCUCAAGAGCGUCAACAGCAUCAACUUUGACAACCCCGUGUACCAGAAGACCACGGAGGAUGAGGUCCACAUCUGCUACAGCCAGGACGGCUACACCUACCCUUCGAGACAGAUGGUCAGCCUGGAGGAUGAUGUGGCGUGAGCUGCUGCCUCGAGUCCUGUCCUUCCCCCGAACCUGCUGCCGGUCACGGGCAGGAAGAACACUUUCUCCCCGGACCCUUGACCUGCCCCAAACCCUUCCUGAGACCUUGACGCCCUCCCGUUUCAUGCAAAGAUCAGAAGUGAACCCAAAGCACCGCUGGCGGCCGCAGCCUCAGCACCGGCAGCCGCUUGGCCUGUCCUGCCAGAGCUUUGUUCUAUAUAUUUAUUCGUCUGGGAGGCAGAACGGGCUUCUAACGGCGCACACGCAACGGGUUUAAGUUGGGAUUUUUUUUUUCUUUCUUCCUCUAUGAACAGUGGAGAAGAGAAGGCCGAAAGAGCUGGGGAGGGUGCAUUUCUGCCCUCUCCAGGGACUGCUCCCUUCUCCCCACCUUGCAGGACUGCCAGAGGGACACAGGAGUGAAGGGAAGGGGCUUGGAACUCGAUAGAGCAAGCCCUACCCACAAGGUCCUGGGUAGCUGCUCUACCCUUACCUCCUAGCCUGAGCCCCCAAACUCAGGAGUAAAUGUACUCCCCUCUCCCUUGCUGGACAGCCAGAGUUCGCUUUUGCUUUGUUACCCCUCGGAUCUGGAUCAAACUCGCGUUUUCCGAGCGAGGUCUGUACCCUCUCUUGAUGCCAACACCGGCAUCCAUCUUGACCUGGCCGAAUCCAGCAUGCCGGGGUUGGGGCCUAGUGAGCCCCAUUCAUUCACCAAAACCUUCACCAUUCCCAGGGUAAGCCUGAGCCACCAGUUGCCCUUAAUAUUAAGUGCCUGAGAUACCCACUUAGCUGAUGCGUGAAGACAGUGGCCUCCAGCCUCUAAGAGCAUCCUGUGGUCUGGGUGUGGCGGUCUGGACCCCAGCCCCCGUGCCUGCCCCAGCCUUCUCCAGGUCCCCGUGCACUUUUUUUUUUUUUUUUUUUAAGUUCAGGGCUGUAUCUCGUGUAAAGCUGACAUUACUAUUUUGCACUGGUUUCUGUUCGGUUGGGAUGGGCUCCCGGGUGGGCCAGGGCCCGCGUGGAUGAAUGUGAGAUCUUAGGGCCUCUUCCCCCACCAGGCGCCUCAAGGCCGCCGUCAUGACUAUCCCACUAGUGUUUCCGCUUCUAUGCAGAUGCCCCUAAGCCAUUAAUUUCCCCAGCAACGUAGUUAUCGUUGACGGGUGUCCCCUGAAAAUAUGCAUGGCAUUUUAGCCCUGUAAGACCUCCCCUGGGCUUGGUCAUUUUAUGGGACUUCUUAAAACCGUCUUUCUGAUACUAUCAUCCGUGUCACAGUUAUGACCAAAGAGAGAAGAGGCAGCUCCCUGUGGCUUCCUGCCUGACGUCCAGGGCCUGCCCGUUGCUCACCGCAUGACCACCCAACACUGUGCCUACCCCGUAGGAAACUGUGAAAGCAUGUAAAUAAUCCCUUGUACAGACAUGGGGUGGGGGGGGCUUUUUUGUUAUGUUUGCACUUUGUAUAUUUGUUAAACAUUUAUCACUUAUAUAUAUGAAACAAAGAUCUAUUUAUUUUUGCAAACCCUGGUUGCUGCACUGCUGACCCCUCCGGGGGCUCUGCCUUGGGGGGAGUCGUCUCUGAGACGUCUCUUCUUUUUGUACAAAGAUUUGCGCAAAGCUCUUCGGGAGAAUCGUGUCUGUGUUGUAUAUAUGGUGUGUGCUUUGCGGGGGAUGGGAAUCGCUUUUUAAACCACUGUAUAGAAUGUUUUUAUAUCCUGAGUGUCUUACUGUGAUCGAUUACAUUUCUUAAAUGAACCUCUUGGCGAAACCUG